AUGGGCGCUCCCGGUGGGAAUCGCAGCGGACAAAACUCAGCACCCUGGACGGAUUCCCGCGAGCAGCUCGCCACCGGGCCGUCUCAGGAACAGCACGUUCCCGUGCGCGGGUUCAACUCCGCAGAGGCGAAGGCAGCCCUACGGAGAGAGCCCAAGCCUUUCUUCUACAGACCUGGUGGAAAAGAUGCAAACAGCAACCGUGCCAGCGGACCCUGGGGCGCAAAGCCCAACACGAUGGCAAACGGGAAGGACUUCUUUCUCGAGCUUCGCAAGCAGGUGACCGCGUUGCGCCAGGGAGCCACUGUGCCUGGAGGUUGA